AAUAUUUGAUUGAACAUCAAACCGAAUUUUUGUAUCAAAAUCCAACUGGUAUUCUUGAAACUGUUUAUCAACAUGAAACAUUUACGGAUUUAUGGGAAUUUUGUCUUGAAAAAAUUUGCGAAGAACCUAAAAUUUUAUUCUAUUCAGAUAAAUUUACUAAUUUAAAGGCUUCAUUAUUGGAAUUAUUGAUUAAACGGGAUGAUUUAAAUAUGGAAGAAAUUGAGAUUUGGGAAGGUUUAUUAAAAUGGUGUUUUUUUCAACAAAACGUGAUAAAUGAUCCAACGAAAUGGAGUAAAGACGAUAUUGCAAAUAUUGAGAAGCCAUUACAUAGGUUUAUUCAUCUAAUCAGAUUUUAUGAUAUUAAGCCUGCAGAUUUCUUUUAUAAAGUUUAUUGUUAUAAAGAAAUUUUACCUCAAGAUUUAAUUCAUAAUCUUUUAGAAUUUCAUAUAGUUCCUAAUACGAAAAUUAAAACUAAUGUAGCAUCCUCAAGAAAGCCAAACUUAAAAUUUAAACUUGAUUCAACCUUAAUUGAAUCAAAACACAUUCCUCUAUUUUCUUCAUGGAUUGAUAAAAAAGGUUCAUCACAUUAUAAUACUAAUAAAAUUCCUUAUGAAUUUAAAUUAUUAUAUCGUUCAGAUAGAGAUGGAUUUAAUGCUACAUCAUUUCAUAGAAAUUGUGACAGUAAAGGAGCUACUAUUUGGAUAGCAAAAAUUAAAGGUACAACACAAUUAAUUGGAGGCUAUAAUCCUCUUGACUGGGGUGGAGAUUGUGGUUGGAAAGGCACUACAAAUAGUUUUUUAUUUCAUAUUAUGGAUGAAAAAAAUGUUUCUAGCGCAAAAGUAAGUUAUGUUAACAAUAACAAUGCAAGAUAUGCUAUUUAUUGCAAUAGUGAUCGAGGACCGCAUAUGGGUAAUUUUUAUUGUGAUGGUAUCAAUCAUUGGAUUGUUUAUGAAAAUUCUGAUGUUAAUUUGACUUAUCCUAAUAUAAGCAUUCCAGCAAGUUUCACGGUGGAGAAUUAUGAAGUAUUUCAAGUAAUUAAGAAAUAGUUAAUGCAUAAAAUAAUGCAAACAUGCAUAUUAGGAAAUGUUUAUUUAGUAUAAAUCAAUUCCCAGGUUAUUAAAUGCUAAAUAUAUUGUUAUUACCCUAGAUAAAAGACCUAAGAAUUUUGUUAACAUGAUACUAAGAUUGCAAGAAUAUCUGAUGUUGCAAUAAAAUACGG